CAAACUUCAUUUGCAUUCUCGUCACCACCAAUCGAACAAAGAGGAGGGUAAUGGUGGAGAGCGAUUCCCGGGGGGAAAGAUAAGAAGAGAAAUAAGCACCUUCUUCGCUGAUCCACCGUUACACCUUAGACUUUUUGUGUUCUCCUUUUCCCCCAGGGGUUUCGAUUUGAAUGUGUGCAUAGGUUUCGAGUUAUAAUAGAUCUUCUUGCGUGUGGUAAAGCUAAAAAAGAGAAAUGAGCGGCGUUGGAGAGAAUCAGCUUAUCUCCAUUCAACCUGAUGAACUCAAAUUCCUCUUCGAACUGGAAAAGCAAAGCUACUGUGAUCUUAAAGUUUCCAAUAAAACCGACAACUAUGUUGCUUUCAAGGUAAUUAAUAAUUAUUCAUCAUCAAAAAACUUCAUAUAUAUGCUUUCUUUGUCAUCAAGUUAUCAUGAUCAGGUGAAAACAACAUCUCCAAAAAAGUAUUUUGUAAGGCCCAACACUGGUGUCAUUCAGCCAUGGGACUCCUGCAUCAUUAGAGUUACGCUACAAGCACAAAGGGAGUAUCCUCCAGAUAUGCAGUGCAAAGACAAGUUUCUCCUUCAAAGUACCAUUGUCCCUCCUCACACUGAUGUUGAUGACCUUCCUCAAGACACUUUUACCAAGGACAGUAGCAAAACAUUAACAGAGUGUAAGCUUAAGGUCUCGUAUAUCGCCACCUCUACACCCCAAAGAUCCUCUGAAUCUGGAGCAAUCAGUGGCGAUGCAAACGGCUCCGAAUCCAUUUCAGUGACUACUAUACAGCGGCUGAAGGAAGAGCGAGAUGCAGCUGUUAAGCAAACACAACAGCUGCAACAUGAAUUGGAGACACUGAAGAAACGAAAAAGGAACAGCGAAAAUGGGUUAUCCUUAAAGUUGGCAGCUAUGGUUGGACUCAUUGGACUCAUCAUUGGUUUCAUCCUAAAACUCGCCUUAGCUUCUCCCAAAUAACAGCUUCUCCGCAUCAUCUACCAUUUCAACUUACGAGGGAUAGCUGUUAACUCUCUAUGAUCUUCUUGUUCUACUUUGUUUUUUGUCCAUUAAAAUUUGCUUCUUUGUCAAUUAUAUUGGAUGUACAUCAUUGACCCAAUAGAACCUUUCAUGAUUAUGUUUACUUCUCCACUACAUUUAGUGGAAAUGACUUAUUC